CUGGAGAGUGUAGCUGCUACUCCACCUCUGACCGUAGCAUCGCCCCUCCCUUGCGGCCAUCACCUCCCUCUUGUAUCCCCUCUAUCCUCCUCCUCCUCUUCGUAGGCCAUUCACGCCAUCACCUUGACCGUCACCCACGCCUCUCCACAUCAGGCAUCUCCUCAGUCUGUCCUCCUUUGCCGAAUGCCGCGAGCUGUGCCGAUGCACGUCCCUGCAGCAGCAGCAGCCGCCCUCUAAGUUCUAAUCCCCCACCAGCCAGACCUCGUUACCAAUCGCAUCACCAUUAUCGUCGUCGUCGUCAUCGUCUGCCACUGUCACCCGAUACCCUUCCACAAUGGGACUUCACAAUCCACUGGCGAAGCAGCCACCCUCGUAUGUCAAGAAGAAGCAGUAUGACUUUGGCGAUACCCUAGGGACGGGCACCUUUGGGCAGGUCAAGUCGGCAAAGUGGAAAGCAGCCGAUCCACCUCUAGGCGUGGCCAUCAAGGUCAUUUCCAAGAAGAUUCUCAAGGGCCACGACGAGAUUGUCCAAGGGGAAAUGGACGUCCUCAAAGGUCUCGAUCAACCACACGUAGUCAAAUUCCUCGACUGGUUCGAAUCAAAGGACAAGUACUACCUCGUCUUUGAAGAGGCCACCGGUGGAGAACUCUUCGAUCGCAUCCUCUCCAGGGGAAGAUUCACCGAGCUGGACGCAUGCCGAGUGGUGAGAUCGGUAAUGACCGCGAUCCAAUACCUGCAUCAUCACAACAUCGUACACCGAGAUGUCAAGCCAGAAAAUAUCCUCUAUCGCUCUAAAGCGGAAGAUGCAAAUGUGGUGCUGGUGGAUUUUGGAAUCGCUCAUAGGGUCGAGUCGGAGGAUGAGCUGCUGAUGAAUGUUUGUGGGAGCUAUGGAUAUGCUGCGCCAGAGGUGUUGAGUAAAAAGGGACAUGGGAAGCCAGUGGAUCUGUGGAGUCUGGGAGUCAUCACCUAUACCAUGCUGUGCGGCUACACCCCCUUCCGUUCAGACGACCCCGCGAAGCUAGCCGCCGAGACGCAGCGUGGCAAGAUUGAGUUCCACGACCGGUACUGGAAGAACAUUUCUGAUCUAGCAAAGGACUUUAUCAGGGCUUGCCUCAAGGUCGACCCGACUGCUAGGAUUACGGCUGACGAGGCGCUGAGUAGUGGCUGGCUGGUGGAGGGAGCAAAGGAUAAUGUGGCCAAUCAUGACAUUUCGCUGGGGCUGAGGGAGAAUUAUAGGAAGAGGUGGAAGACGGCCAUCAAUGCAGUCCGCGCCUCUACGAAGUUCCGCACAUUCGCAGCCCUAGCAGCCGACCAACGUGGCUCCCCUGCCUCUCUUAGUACCGAUGGCGAGCAGAGACGCCUCCGUACUGAGGGUGAUGCAGGAGCAGGCGAGGGCGAAGACGAGGAUGAGGGCGAAGGGACUCCACGCGCGCCAGCACCUCUCAAGCUACCACUGGUCGACCUUAGCUCUUCUUCGGAAGACGACGAGUAUGAAGAGGCAGAAUCUGAAGUGGAUGGCGAUGCAAGUAGCACCGGCGUCGGCGCCGGAGCUGGAGCUGGAGCUGGCGCUGGCGCUGGCGUCGCCAGCCCUAAACCUCAAGGUGCCAGCUCCCACUCUCUCUCCCAGUCACACGACGGCACUCCAGACCAAUCCGUCGCUCGCGCUAGCCGAGGAAGCGUCCACGAAAUCGCUAAAUCCUCCUCUACACAACCCCCCGAGGAGAGAGCGACAGACAAGGAGAAUGCAGUGGCUACUGCAAAGGAAAUGCAAGGUGUACAGAGCUAUGCUGAUGGAGAUGAGGGGGAGGGGGAGGGUGGAGAAAAGGGAAAAGAGGCAGAGGGAGAGGGAGAGGGUAAGAGGACGGGAAGUGGAAGUGGACAUGGAGAUUUCAAGACUAAGAUGCACGAUUUAUCUGAAAAGGUGCAAAAGGUAUUGUGAGAGGGGAGAGGCCGCAAUGAAGGUGGGAAGGGAAAGUGGGGGAAGGGAGAGGGGGAGAUCGUAGACCUUGCUCUACUUCCAUUUCCCGAAACGGUGCGUACCCCUUUGCCCUAUUCUCAUGUAGCCCGGCGACACACACACACACACACACACACACGCACUUCCUUUCCCACACCGAUCCCUCGUCCUCCGUCCUUGUCCUCGUUCUGGCUUCAUUCCCUCUUCGCCUCGCGCGCCUCGUUGCAUUUGAGAAGAGUAAUUGUAUAUACCUCUUUGCCUUUCUUCUCUUUUUCUCCAAAUGUGAGAAAGCAAUCAGCUCUUCCCCUCUCUCCCGCCUCUUUGUUCCUCACUGCUCUACUCUCACAGCUACUCCACCUCCCCCUUUUCCCUCGCAGCAAGGUACUCCUCGUGUAACUUCCCCUGUAGAGCAAACUCCUUUGCAGCCGCCUUCUUCUUACUCUUGCUCAAUUCCUCUCCCGUC